CCUAUGUACUUAUUCUGAAUAUUCUGAAGUGCUGGGUGCCCCCCCCACCUCUUGUUUUUAAAUGGCCACGGCUGCCCCCCCUCCAGCCCCGGGCUCUACUGCGGCCACUGAAAACACAAGUCCCGGAUCCAGCAGCUCGACUCCGGCCGACAGUGGCAACCAGGACAGCACGUUCGAGUGUAAUAUAUGUCUGGACACCGCUAAGGACGCAGUGAUCAGCCUGUGUGGACACCUCUUCUGCUGGCCUUGCUUGCAUCAGUGGUUGGAGACCAGACCCAACCGACAAGUGUGUCCCGUGUGUAAAGCGGGCAUCAGCCGAGACAAAGUAAUCCCUUUAUAUGGAAGAGGAAGCACCGGUCAACAAGACCCCAGAGAAAGAACCCCGCCUCGACCACAAGGACAAAGGCCGGAGCCAGAAAACCGUGGUGGCUUCCAAGGGUUUGGCUUCGGAGAUGGAGGUUUCCAAAUGUCCUUUGGAAUCGGUGCCUUUCCAUUUGGUAUUUUUGCGACGGCUUUUAACAUCAACGACGGCAGACCACCUCCAGCAGCUCCGGGGACACCGCAGCACACGGACGAACAGUUUCUGUCUCGACUCUUCCUGUUUGUCGCUCUGGUCAUUAUGUUUUGGCUGCUGAUUGCAUAAAUACACUGAAAGACUUCUUAGUACAACCCAAAUAAUUUGACAGAGAUGCAAAUUUAUAACACAUCAUCACGGUUUGCACCAAUGUGAUUCUGCUUCAUUUCUGGUAACUUCAUUCAUUUUAUUUGUUUUCUUGAUACAAAGCCAUGUAAGAGUUUAAUGAAGCCGGUUUUUGGAUGUUAAUCCCAAGAUAACAACUUUCAAAGUGAACCACAUGAAUGUGGGUGCCUAAAGUUUUGAUUCAUUAACACAGUUGCUUUAAAAAGCAGCACACUAAAACAAGACACCUGAACUCCACCAGCUACUGGCUUCAAACUACAUGCUGCUCUUUUCAACAUGUCUGUCUCUCUGUUGUUGUUGUUUUGAUCAGACACAUACAGGAUGUGCAGGUCUCUUUUUGAGUUUUGUUUUGGUACCAUCACCGUAUUUAAAGAUAUACUCUGCUAAACAAAAGACCAACCAGUGCUCUGUGCUCAUCAAUUUGGAUUUCUAAACCCGUAUGUUGUAUAUGGUUAUUUCCUUUCAGCCUGUAUUUAUAAUUAUUUUAUUUGUUGCAAAACAUCUCUGAGUUACUCUGAAUACGAGCGUGUGGCUCCAUGUUGUCUCUCUGACCACUAAUGUACUAACAAUUUAGUUUUUAAUCCAGCUCCACCUGACCUUACAAAUUUACACAUGAUCAUCAAAAAUUGACCAAAAUCAAAACAAAUGUCUCUUUAUUUUAGUUCAGAUUAAAAAGAAAUGUGUUGAUGCAUGUCAGCAGUUCAUUUAUGAAAUGGUGUUCCUUUCACCAUUUAAUACUUUAUUUUUUGCUCUAUUACUGUAAUUAAAUGUAAAAAUACUAUAGAUUAUUAAAGAAUAAUUACUUAAAUGAAGAUUGUUUCAACGUGAAACCACUUUUCUAAAUGUGAAUUCACUUUGACAGUAAAACAAUGUAAAUAAAGAUGUUAAUCAUA